AUGGAUAACCGAACAUUUACAAAUAACAUUCUUCUUGUGGAGGGACUGAAAGUUACACCUCAGGCCUCCUAUCUUGUUUUUAUCUUGCUUUUCUUGUUUUACAUCUUUGCAAUGGGAUGUAACAUUGGACUAAUAAUACUGAUUGCAAUGGAGAAGAACCUACAUCAUCCUAUGCAUUUUCUGUUCUGUAACCUUCCAGUGAAUGAUAUAAUAGGGACAACUGUCAUUUUACCACGCUUAAUGCAGGACAUUUUUAGGCAGACCUCAGAGCGCUAUAUAACAUAUGUGGAGUGUGUUAUUCAAGCAUAUUUUGUUCAUGUAUUUGCAACAGCAAGCCACACUGCACUUAUGAUAGGUCUCAGUGUACACCUGUCUCACUGCAGAUCUAAAAUUGAAAACCCUUUCUGUGACAACGCUUCACUUUAUAAAUUGUCCUGUGAAAAUGUGUCCAUUAAUAACAUGUUUGGAAUUAUUUAUUCUGUGGCAGCACUCAGCAUAUCAUUGACAUUGAUGUUUAUAACAUAUAUCAGGAUUGUUGCUGUAUGUAUAAUAAGCAAAAACAAAGCACUCAACAGUAAAGCCAUAAAAACAUGUGGCAGUCACAUAGCUGUUUAUUUAAUAAUGUUUGUUUCUUGCGCCAUCAUGAUUUUUCUCCAUCGUUUUCCUGAAUACGCUGAACACAGGAAGCUAGCUAGUAUAAUGUUUCAUAUAGUACCACCAGGACUAAAUCCUAUAGUAUACGGUUUACAAACUAAAGAGAUAAGACAAAAGAUUGUUAAACUGUGGUGGGGAAAAAAAGUUAAUAUGUUGUGA